UUCUUGCAUUGUUACUUUCCCAAAAUUUCUCAUUCCUUUUCCUGUUUUGUUUUGAUGCAUUUAAUGCCUUUUCGAUUUCCUUUUUGAUCUCCUUUUCAAUUUCCUUUGUCUUCUUUCGCGUUCAAUUUGCUACAUGGAUGGGUUUGGGUAAGCUUUUCGCCCACUUGCUUGUUUUACGUUCGUCUGGAUUCAGCGGAAAGGUAUUUGUCGGAAUACUUUCCAUUUUGUGUCGGAUGCAGGCGGAAAGGGAUUUGGCAGAAGGUUUGCUUUUGUGCUUGAUUUGUCUCGUUUCCAAUUUGUUUUGCCCAUAUGUAUCGGUUUUGAUUUCUUUCUCCUUCAUUCCGUCUCGCUCUCUCUUUUGUGGUGGUUGUUCUUUUUCGUUUUUGUAUUCUCUCAAAUGGCUGGUAGGUUUGAUUUCUUCAUUAAUCUAAAUCCCAAUUGAAUAUUGAUUGUUUUUCCCCUGUUUCAUUCUACAGGUUCUUGCCAGAUUUGUUUCAUUGAGGAGUUUAUGUUCGACCUAUUUGUGCAAACAAGGUGAGUUUUGCUUAACAACCAUUCUCUUUUAAGGUUGCUGUUUUGAUUGUUUUUAUCAUGUGAUCAAAGCAUUCUUACCAUACUUUAGAAUUUGUCAACCCUGUUUUCUUAAUUUUUACAGAUUAACUUUCGUUUCAGACUGCAGUUAACAUGACGAUCGAGUUGUGCUUUUGCCUCCGAUGAACGGUUGUGGCAGCGACGAGUCUCUUCCUUCCGGCGACAGCCGAUUGUGUAUAUUUAGACUCUUUGUUUCUCUGUUUGAUUUCCAUCAGCUCUAAUGUGGAUUCUUACACUCCAACCUCAGUUUGAGCGCUUACAAGCUUUAAAGAAGCUCUAUGAAGAUCCAAAUCUGGCUUUCUCAAGGUUUGUUCGGAAAGCGAUUGCCGACUGUAGUUGUUGGUUCAUACACUAACAUAAUACCUAUUAUGUCAGUUGUUCAAGCCAGCAUAUACAAUUCAUAUACAGAUCCUUAUGAAAGGUUUACUCAGACAUUUAGGGGAAUACAAGGUGCCGUGAUUAUAAGCGAAUGUUUCCAAAUGGUUAUGGGAUUCUUAGGCUUAUGGAGAAAUGCUGCCAGAUUCCUUAGCCCACUUUGUGGUGUCCCUUGUGUAACUUUCACUGGACUUGGUCUCUAUCAUCUUGGUUUCCCUAUGCUGACAUCAGCUGUUGAAGUUGGGCUUCCAGCACUAAUUCCGAUGGUUUUCUUUACCCUACCAAUGGGGAAGUCCUACCUUCAAGGCUUCAGCUAUAGGGAAACUUUUCCUAUGUUAACUACUUCUUUUGUUUCUCUUUUUGAGUCUACCGAUACAUUUUAUGCUACGGCCAGAUAUGGAAGUGCAACGCCUGUGCCACCUUUUGUUAUCAGCUGCGGAACUGGCUGGCUGGGAGUAGCUUCUUUUUUCAAUGGCUGGUUAGGUCUUCGUACGGUCGAGGGUUUUAAUUUCAUUAAUUUCAGAGACUGAAGUGUCUGAUUCCUAUAAUUAGAGGUGUUGUUGCUCCCUAAUCUGUGGCUUUCUUCUAUUUUUCAUUUAGCCUUAGAAAACAGGGGAUGACUUGGUUUCUUUUAAUUCAUUUUAUGCUUCGGUGUGUGUAUUGAAUUAAUGUUUGGCAUGCUAUCUAUUUUUAAUAAAAUUUUAUUUUGAUUUUUCAUAAAAACAAAAAAAAAGUUAAGGUCUAUCCCCUGUUUAGCUAGAGUUAUAUUGAUUGUUCGCUUAAAAAAGUUUAUAUUGUGAACUGAGGAUUAAAAGUAUUCUAGAAGUCUAUUUGGAAUAUAAAUAAAAAUAGAAUCUUGUUUGGCAGGAUAUGAGGCUGACUAUUUAUAUGACUGGACAAUUUUAAAAUAUCAGGAGAUUCAACAGGCAAAGGAACAAAAUCUAUCAAUUGUGCGUGAUUCCUUAAUUUGCCGUGUUUGAAUUUCCAUUUUGAAAGUUUGUGAAGAUUAGUAAACUUAGUUACGAUCAUUGUAUAAAGUGUACCUUACACUUAUUGUAAUUAACUUUUCUGAUUGUAUCAAUUCGAAAUAAUCAAUCUUUCUCUCAAUUAGUUUAUCAA